AUGGCCGCGCCGCUGCACACCUGGUUCACUUCGCCCGCGCGGACGCACAGCAACUUAGCGCAGGCGAAAGAGCUGCCCUUGCACCUGAUUCAGCUCAUCCUCACACACCUCGACGAUGUCGGUGACCUCGCGCGCAUCACGCGCACGUCGCGUCUGUUCUACUACAUGACGCUUCCGCGGCUCUACGAGACGGUCACGUUACACUCGUAUGCCGAGAUACGAUACGUAGAUGGCAGGCCAGAAGGCUACGGCAAUGGCAGCCCGUUUGCCAUGGGCCUCAACACGCUCGUGUCGCGAAACUUUGGCGACUACAUACAGACGUUCCGGGUCAAAGGCGAUUGGCGAGAACAUGAUACGGAGGAAUACAAGCAGGGCCGAGUGCCGGACAACAGCAUGAUACUGCAGGUUGUCAUGCGUGCCGCCAUUGACAAGAUGAAGAACCUCAAGGCUUUCGCUUGGGAGCUGAGCACUCCUCCUUUGUAUACCGUCUACCAGGGCAUCGCAGCCAGGACGACGCUUGUCUCGCUCACCCUUCGGUGUCAAACCAAACGAAUACCACGGCCGACCACCAUUAUACCUCCGCUUCCGAACCUGACCACUCUGAUCGUGUACGAUAUCGAUCCUCUCUGCUACCCCGACGAUAUCUCGCUGCUUCUGUUGGGUUCCAAAAAGCUCGAGCACCUCACAUUACACUGGAGUCCGCGCAUGCGGGCUGUAGGCGAAGAGUCGAUUUCGCUGCACUCGUUAUUCGGACGAUGCAUGUCUGCCAAGUAUUCUAUACCUCUUAAGCACCUGGGAAUAUACAACAUCUACACUCGCUUCUCCGACGAUGGCUUCCACCAUGUUAUCCGCCCCGACACCAAUACAGAGCUCACCCUGAUCAACGCCAUGGGCUCUUCGGACCCUAUGACCGUUUUUGCCGACGACUCUUGGAGGAUACACAGUAAUCACCCGACGCCUCACAACCUGAAGGUCAUGCGCACCGAUAAUACGGAUAAAGAGAGCGCUGUCAUGCUAGGCAAAUUCAAGGGCAUGGAGCGGUUUUACAUUGUGAGCAAUAGGCGAGGCAAAGACUCACCAAGAACUACCAGCGCUGCUGCAACCCCAACAACACCGUCCACGAUGACGCCGGGUGUCAUUGGAGUCUCUAGCGCGAGCAGCACUCCAAAACACACGAAUGAGCAACGCUGUCGCAGCAUCGGGAGUGAGUUUAUUGCGGCCAUUCAAACCAAUCACAACCACAGCAUUCGCCAUCUCCUUCUCUCGGAUCGCUGGGUAUUAUCCGACGAUGCCCUGUUCAGACUUUGCCAAACGUGCUCUAAUUUGGAGCAAGUUGGCUUCGCUUGCUCAGUGCCACCGCUUGAGUCUCUGCGCCAGGUCUUUGCUCUAGUGCCCAAGCUCUGGGCCGUCCGUUUUCUAUUCCGCCCAAGCUCUGACACAAGCGAGGCGCCGUAUCAAAUCACGGAUGCGGAGAUGCAUGCCUUCGCGAUUGGAACAGAGUUUUGGCGACCGGAGUAUAAGAACAUCAAGUACGUUGGCUACGGCGACAGCAUCGUGCUCAAGCUAGGCGACGUUUACUACCCAUCAAAGAAGGAGUCGACACCGAACACCCAGGACAACAGUAUGAACGCGAAAAGAGCAGGACCAAUAAGAAAAGUGACGGUUGUGAGAAGGGAAGAUGUGAAUCACAUCGAGAUUUGGGGGAAGGACACUACGGAAUUCGAUCCCUUGAACCCUUGA